UUAAUUCACGAAGUGAAAGGGGGGAAGUUAUUUAUAACCUCAACGUCUUAGUGUGGUCCUUGGGUGCGCAAAUAGGAAUGUAGCGAUUGGACUGGUCUCUUGCGUCUCAGUAACAAAAGCGGUGGGGCUGGAGCGUCGUUGUGCCUGCACGAUAGAGCUGAACCUAAAAUAGGACAGUUCUGUGGAGUCUGAACUAAAUAACUACACGAGCUGUGGUGAGAAACUAUGCCUCUCCAUAGCUUCUAGAAUAUUGGAGACCAUUAUACCCUGGACUUAUUCUACAAUGGUAAACCUGUGCGUCAACCAGGACUGAGGCUGAUUUGGGUCCAGUCUGAGUGAUGGCUGACGUGAUGGAGAUCAGGACGGAUGGGAACUCUCUGCUGAAAGCAGUAUGGCUUCGCCGUUUGCGCCUUACAAGGCUUCUCCUGGAAGGUGGAGCCUACAUCAAUGAAAGCAACGAUCGGGGAGAGACACCACUCAUGGUGGCCUGCAUGUCCAAACACUCUGACCAGCAGAGUGUCAGCAAGGCUAAGCUUGUCAAGUACCUUCUGGACAACAAAGCUGACCCUAAUAUUCAAGACAAAGCUGGAAGGACAGCCCUCAUGCAUGCAUGCAGCCACAGGGCGGGACAAGAGGUGGUCUCUCUUCUACUGACUAACGGGGCUGAUCCGAGCCUGGAGGACCGUCAUGGAUCCUCUGCUUUAGUCUAUUCUGUAAACGCAGAUGAUAAAGAAACCUUAAAAGUUCUCCUCGACGCCUGCAGAGCCAAAGGCAAGGAGGUCAUCAUCAUUACCACUGACAAAUCGCCGUCGGGAACCAAAACUACCAAGCAGUACCUGAAUGUUCCUCCAUCUCCUGAGUUGGAUGAGAGGACGUCUCCUGCACCAUGUGCCUCACCGUCAGAGAUAGAUCUUCACACAUUGCCAUCUCCCAGUAAAGAGGAGGAGAAAGACACUGUAUUCAAUUUUCAAACAAAGUUUAAGUCAACCUCAAACACAGCAGCUAAACUUCCCAAUGGACUUACUUCCCCAAAUAAGAAGCAAGUGAACCCCAAGCGGGCUCGUCUACCCCAGCUGAAGCGACUACAGUCAGAGCCCUGGGGUCUGAUCGCCCCCUCCAUGUUGGCGGCAGCAAAUGAAGCGAGCAAGAGAGCCAACUCAGAUGAAGAUGUUGUUACAGGUGUCAACGGUCUGAGCCUGUCUAAAAGAGGCACUUUGUCCCGGCAUAACAGCGUGGAUGGAAAGGAUAUCUUGUUUCCAAUGGUGGGAGAUCAGAACACAAAAAUCUCCCCAACUUCAUCCUUUUCGACAUCUUCCAAGGCCUCCUACGAGAGAUCGCUGGCACAGCACCAACCCCUGGCACGGCGUAGCACUGUCCCCACAGAGCAGGAGGGCUCUGGAGCAAACUUGGGGCCAGCUAGCCUCAGAGACACACUGCACCGGAGGCGACUGGGGAAUGAACACUACGACUCAGACUCCCAGCUGUACUCAGAUUCUAGCAUGCUAGACUCUCCUAAGGCACCCCUAGAGAGAAGGAAGCUCAAUACAUCCCCUCUUGCUAUGCUUACAGGCUCGCGAGAGUCCUUGGACAGCAAUCACAGUACCUCUUCCCCUAGCACAACCAGAUGCAGAGCACCUGGCCUACUGGAGCGGCGUGGCUCUGGAACGCUAUUGCUGGACUAUAUAUCCCACACACGCCCAGGUCACCUGCCCCCACUAAACAUCAAUCCCAACCCUCCGAUUCCAGAUAUAGGAGCAAGCAGCAAGCCCUCAUCCCCACUUGCAGCAGGUUUCAGACCAAUAGCUCCCGUAGCACCCAACUCACCAAAGAGAGGAAACCUCAGGACGAAAAAGAAGCUUGUGAGAAGACACUCUAUGCAAGUGGAACAGAUGAAGCAGCUUUCAAACUUUGAAGAGCUCAACCAUCAAUCAUGAAACUCAGUCUAUGUAGAUGUAGCAACUUUAACAUCAUUAUUAAUAUAUACGUCUGAGGUUUUUGGGUAAUGUUGAUGCUUAGGCAGGUGGAAAACAGGUGGUACCUGUAAUAGAAUUUAAAAGUAGUUAGCACUGAAUGUAGCCAAUUAGGGCAAAGGGAUAUUGUAUCAAGAGGUUAAUCUACUUGUUAGUUUCAAUUAGCAAAAAGACCAUUUUUGAAAAAGCAACUGAAAACUAAUAUAUUUAUCUAAUGCCUACCAGUGGGGAAAAAA